ACGAAUAAUUAAAUCCCAGAAACUCCCCUCCGCAAUUAGGAAACCAAGUGCGACUAGGAGAGGAGAACCAGCUUCCGCUGUGAUCUCUUCUGCAAUUCUCUGACGACAUCUUGCUCUUCUCACAUACAAUCUGUAUGUAAUUCCUCCCUUUCGUAUCUUCUGUAAGCCCCGGAGGAGCACAAUUCCAGUCUACGUGCACCACCAUGACUGUAAUGACCCCUGCCCCCAUUGAUCAGCAAGAGGACGAAGAAAUGCUUGUGCCACACUCGGCUUUGGCUGACAAUCACCAGGCGAUGGAAGUUGUAGCACAACCGGAAAGAGCUAAUAAUGUGAACAAUCAACCAGUCGAAGAUCCUCCAUCAUCCAGAUUUACAUGGAGAAUUGAGAAUUUCUCUAGGUUGAAUACAAAGAAACACUAUUCUGAAACUCUUAUCGUUGGUGGUUAUAAAUGGCGUGUACUUAUUUUUCCAAAGGGGAACAAUGUGGACUUUUUGUCCAUGUAUCUUGAUGUUGCUGAUUCAGUAAGUUUACCAUAUGGGUGGAGUAGAUAUGCACAGUUUAGUUUGGCAGUGGUUAAUCAAAUUCAUAACAAGUAUUCUGUGAGAAAAGAUACACAACAUCAGUUCAAUGCUCGAGAAAGUGAUUGGGGUUUCACAUCAUUCAUGCCUCUUGGUGAACUAUAUGAUCCUGGUAGAGGAUUUCUUGUGAAUGAUACUGUGAUAAUUGAAGCUGAGGUAAUUGUUCGUAAAGUUGUGGAUUACUGGACAUAUGACUCAAAGAAAGAGACUGGCUAUGUUGGACUUAAGAAUCAAGGGGCAACCUGUUACAUGAAUUCUCUUCUCCAAACUCUGUUUCAUAUUCCUUACUUUAGGAAGGCUGUCUACCAUAUGCCUACAACUGAAAAUGAUAUACCAUCUGCAAGCAUCCCUUUGGCUCUACAGAGUUUAUUUUACAAGCUCCAGUACAGCGACAGUAGUGUUGCAACUAAAGAGCUGACCAAAUCUUUUGGAUGGGACACACACGAUUCUUUCAUGCAGCAUGAUGUGCAAGAACUUAAUAGGGUUCUAUGUGAAAAACUUGAAGACAAAAUGAAGGGAACUGUUGUAGAGGGCACGAUACAACAGCUGUUAGAGGGUCACCAUAUGAACUACAUAGAGUGCAUCAAUGUGGAUUAUAAAUCGACAAGGAAGGAGUCCUUUUAUGACCUGCAGCUUGAUGUCAAAGGUUGUCGUGAUGUUUAUGCCUCCUUUGACAAGUAUGUUGAAGUUGAAUGUCUUGAGGGUGAUAAUAAAUAUCAUGCUGAGCACUAUGGUUUGCAGGAUGCUAAGAAGGGUGUAUUAUUUAUUGACUUCCCCCCUGUACUACAACUUCAGCUAAAACGAUUUGAAUAUGAUUUUAUGCGGGACACUAUGGUGAAGAUUAAUGACCGCUAUGAGUUUCCUUUGCAACUUGAUCUUGAUCGAGAGGAUGGAAAAUACUUGUCACCUGAUGCUGAUAGGAGUGUUCGCAACCUUUACACACUUCAUGGUGUCUUGGUCCACAGUGGUGGGGUACAUGGUGGGCAUUACUAUGCCUUUAUCAGACCAACUCUUUCCGAUCAGUGGUACAAAUUUGACGAUGAAAGGGUAACAAAGGAAGAUAUGAAGAGAGCAUUAGAGGAGCAGUAUGGUGGUGAAGAAGAGUUACCACAAACAAAUCCCGGAUUUAAUAAUACUCCUUUUAAGUUUACCAAAUAUUCGAACGCAUACAUGCUGGUUUAUAUACGAGAAAGUGACAAGGACAAGAUAAUCUGUAACGUGGAUGAGAAGGAUAUUGCUGAGCAUCUAAGGGAGAGGUUGAAGAAAGAACAGGAAGAAAAAGAGCAGAAAAAGAAAGAAAAGGCUGAGGCACAUCUUUACACUCUUAUAAAGGUUGCUAGAGAUGAAGACCUUGUACAGCAGAUUGGAAGAGACAUAUACUUUGAUCUUGUCGAUCAUGACAAAGUCAGGAGUUUCCGUGUUCAAAAGCAGACGCCUUUCAAUCUUUUCAAGGAAGAAGUUGCUAAAGAGUUUGGUAUACCAGUGCAGUUUCAGCGUUUUUGGCGGUGGGCAAAGCGUCAAAAUCAUACAUACCGUCCUAAUCGGCCAUUAACACAUAUAGAGGAGAUGCAAUCUGUUGGACAGUUGAGGGAAGUAUCAACUAAGGUUCACAAUCCAGAACUAAAGCUUUUCUUAGAAGUGGAACUUGGGCUGGAUUUAUGCCCUAUUGCGCCUCCUAACAAGACAAAGGAAGAUAUAUUACUUUUUUUCAAGCUUUAUGAUCCUGAUAAAGAAGAGCUACGUUAUGUUGGAAGGCUUUAUGUGAAGAAUACCAGUAAGCCAUUGGAGAUCUUGACGAAACUGAAUGAAAUGGCUUGCUAUGGUCCAAAUGAGGAGAUUGAUCUUUAUGAGGAAAUAAAGUUUGAGGUUAAUGUCUUGUGUGAGCCCAUCAACAAGAAGUUCACAUUUAGAGCUAGUCAGCUUGAAGACGGGGACAUUGUUUGCUUUCAGAAGUCCCCUUCUGUUGAAGGUGGGGAACAAUACUGCUAUCCAGAUGUUCCUUCAUUCUUGGAUUACGUAUACAACCGUCAAGUGGUUCACUUCCGCAAUAUAGAAAAACCCAAGGAAGAUGAUUUCUCUCUGGAAUUGUCGAAGCUUCAUACUUAUGAUGAUGUUGUUGAAAGAGUUGCUCAGCACCUGGGUGUGGAUGAUCCAUCCAAAAUCAGGUUAACAUCUCACAACUGUUACUCUCAGCAGCCCAAACCUCAGCCUAUUAAGUAUCGUGGGCUGGAUCACUUGACUGAUAUGCUAAUUCACUAUAACCAGACUACUGAUAUACUGUACUAUGAAGUUCUAGACAUCCCCCUGCCAGAACUACAAGGUUUGAAGACUCUGAAAGUAACAUUCAAUCAUGCUAUGAGGGAUGAGGUGGCAAUUCAUACCAUCAGACUUCCAAAACAGAGUACUGUAGCGGAUGUAAUUAAUGAUCUCAAAAGAAAGGUUGAGUUGUCCCAUCCUAAUGCAGAACUUAGGUUGCUUGAAGUUUUCUAUCACAAGAUCUACAAGAUUUUUCCUCUGAAUGAAAAGAUUGAGAACAUAAAUGAUCAAUACUGGACGUUACGUGCUGAAGAGAUUCCAGUGGAAGAGAAAAAUCUUGGUCCAAAUGAUCGGCUAAUUCAUGUGUACCAUUUUACGAAAGACACCGCUCAGAAUCAGAUGCAAAUUCAGAACUUUGGGGAACCAUUUUUUUUGGUCAUACAUGAAGGUGAGACUUUAGCAGACAUAAAACUGCGGAUACAGAAGAAACUGCAAGUUGCCGACGAGGAGUUUGCUAAGUGGAAAUUUGCAUUUAUUUCCCUUAAUCGUCCAGAUGACCUCCAGGACAGUGACAUCCUGUCCAGUCGAUUUCAGAGAAGAGAUGUGUAUGGCAAUUGGGAGCAAUAUCUUGGACUGGAGCACUCUGACACUUCUCCUAGAAGAACACAUGCAGCUAAUCAGAAUCGUCACACUUUUGAGAAGCCGGUUAAAAUCUACAACUAGGAAAAGGAGCUUCAGGAAUUUUCUUCAGCCUUGCGUUGAACUUGGUAAGCCUCUACAUCAUUUGUUUGUAUGAUCGGGAGAAACAGUCAGGCAAAUGACACUCCAACGGCAGCUAGAACGUUGGCAUUUUGGCAGUGCUUGCUGGUCUAGAUUGUUGAUUUUGUUGUGUUGCAAACGUGUAUUAGCAUAAUGGACUGUGGACCGUGAGCUCCCACAACUUCCUCUUUUAAAAUGGAGGGUUUUCUUCGAGCAAUAGGUUCUUCAGCUCAAGUAAUUUAAUUGGCACAUAAUUUUGGAUUGGUGGAUGCAUACGGGUUAUAGUUGAUUUGGUUUCUUCUUUGCUUGUUUAUCA